CUCAUACACUUCGCAUUUCCCUAGUUUCUUGCUGACUGCCAAAAGGUACUCAGAUAUGUAGGCCUGUAUAGCGACUGCCGACUAUCUACGACAUGAAACACUCUGAUGGAGGACACGUCACAUUAUGUAGGCACUUGGCGCAGAUCACUAGAGGAUGCCAUAAUCAGAUGAGCUGGGCGUGAAGAUGCGUAAUGCAAGGCAAAGGGCUGGCUACCAAAACAGUCAUCACCGUUUAGUUUUGUCUGAUUUGAAAGGACUUCGACAGUCCAAUCCUCAUUCACCAUUUUGUAACAUAUGGAAGUAUAGCAGGCCGUACAGUCCUCAAUAAAAAGGCCAAUGGAACAAUGCGGAUUACUACCGGGCAGGUCCUCGAUAAUUUACCAGGAGUAGCGGAACGUUAAAGAAGGGCAUGUGCACGUCUCGUCUUAAUUUCCCUCUUUCCAUCUCCCAUCUAUCGAUUUUCGCCUCGAAAGUGAAAUUUAACCAGAAUGCCCGUCCCUACUGACGAAGACAAGCGCCUCCCUGUUACCCUAUUGAGUGGGUUUUUAGGUAGUGGAAAGACCACCCUUUUAUCCUACAUUCUCAAGUCCAAGGAGCACGGACUACGAUGCGCAGUCGUAGUAAAUGAUAUGGGAUCUUUGAAUAUCGAUGCCGCAUUGAUCAACAACCACAAACUUACUCAGAAGGAAGAGAAGGUUGUACAGAUGCAAAAUGGCUGCAUUUGCUGCACCCUUCGAGCGGAUUUGUUGGAAGAAAUCGCUACUCUAGCUGAAGCAGGCCAAUAUGACUAUCUUAUUAUCGAAAGCUCCGGUAUCUCUGAACCUAUCCAAGUUGCCGAAACAUUUACCACCGAGUUUGCGGAAACCAUGGGGGAAGGUACCGUCGAGGAAAUCAUCGAUUCCCUUCCCGAAGACGCCAGCACUACCCCUGAGUCCCGGCGUCGCUUGGCCGAGCUAAUCCAUGCUGGUGGUCUUUCAAAGGUUGCCAGGCUCGACUGUUGCGUCAGUAUGGUAGAUUGUACUACCUUCCUCGAUGAUUUCGAUACAACAGACUUCCUUACCGAUCGUCAUGGAAAGGAAGUCGCACCGGAGGAUGAGAGAAACAUUACCGACUUGUUGACCGACCAGAUCGAGUUUGCCAAUGUGAUUUUAUUGAAUAAAACGGACAUGGUAUCCAGGGAGCACGUUGCCAAAGUGGAAGGUUUAGUGAAAACUCUCAACCCCACGGCCAAAAUCAUCUUGACAUCUUAUUCCAAGGUGGAUCUCAAGGACAUCCUCAACACUCGCCUGUUUGACUUUGGUAAAGCUGCCAUGGGUGCUGGAUGGCUUCAAUCCCUUCGCGAAAACACAUUAACGGAGUUCACCGAUGCUCGAGGUAACAAGAAAAUGGUACCCAAACCCGAGACUUUGGAAUACGGUAUCGGCUCUUUCGUGUACACCGCCCGUCGCCCCUUCCAUCCUCGCCGCCUUUGGGACCUCGUAUCUAAACCCUUCUGCAUCCUCCAAACGACAUUCGAAGACGAUGAGGAUCAAGAUUCCGACGAAGAAGAUGAAGACGACGAGAUGAUUCAAGAAUUGACCGAGGAAGAAGGGAAACAAGCGAUGUUCGAGCAGAUGCAGAAAGAAAAAGCUGAGCUUGAUUUGCCUGGUCGGGCUAAGUACAAGAGGGAAUCUCCUAUUUGGAAGGGGUUGCUAAGGAGUAAAGGGUUUGUUUGGCUUGCUACAAGGCCACAUGUGCAUGGCGAGUGGUCUCAGGCAGGCAUCAUGUUCACUUUAAACGGCGGUGGUCCUUGGAUGUGCCGUAUCCCAGAAAGCGAGUGGCCUGGCGGAGACGAUCAAGAGGUUAUUGAUGCAAUCAAGCUUGACUUUAUGGGACCAUGGGGCGAUCGCCGUCAAGAACUGGUGUUUAUCGGGCAAAACUUAGACAAAGAACUCAUUACAAAAACACUUAACAACACUCUCCUCAACGACAAAGAAUGGGCUCAAUGGGAAAAGAUUAUGAACUCUCGCCGCUCAGAAGAGAAGAAGCUGGAACGUCUUUGUAACGUCUUCGAUGAUGGAUGGGAAGCGUGGAUGGAUCCCGAAGCUUCUGUAGAGGAGGAAGAGGUCAAUGAAGGCCACAGACAUGCGCAUGCUCAUGACGUACCUUUGGUAACGAAGAAGGCGAAGCUCUCGGCGUAGCUUAGCCCUUUAGUAUGCUUUCACCUUUAGCACCAUUCUUAUUGAUGCGGAUAUCAAAAAUACUCUUGGCAUUACCAAUUUGCCAGGCGAUUUCAGUAUACGACUCGAGGAGCAAUUCUACCUGUGGAUUUAGUUUGAAUGCUGUGCUACGUAGGAGAUGAACGCGGAUUACGACAAUAAUG